CGGCAGCACUGCACCUCCAACACCAUUUCCACCUCUGAUCAAAUCUCUGUCUAUCGUCUCUACUUUGCCACUGAACGCAGAUUCGUUCUCAUCGGUACAUGCAACUGAUACAACUCUCAACACGCGACGCGACCCGGGAACUGUGUCUCACGCGCGGCGACCGUCUCGCGUUCCUUGCCCGAGGUGCGACUCCACUUGGCUUCUCCGCUGCUUUCGCUCGCCGGCUUCCAAAAGUUUCGUUUGUGGGCAUAAAAGGACAACUUAAACCUUCCAAAGGAUUUUAAACAACGUGGAGAACCACUGAGGAUGAGCCAUCAGUGACCCGAUUCUGACCUAGCGUUGACCACAGAACAGUUUCCACCAUUCUGCCCAUAUCCUUUUCCCCCUCUCUCUUCUCUCCACCCCUUCCCCACACCCCUCUGUUUUCACCCCUAACCCCCCCUCGGUCCAACCCCAGCCCGAUCACCAAAAUGGACUUGCACCGGGCGGCUUUCAAAAUGGAGAGCUCCUCCUACCUGCCCAACCCGUUGGCUUCCCCAGCACUGAUGGUGUUGGCAUCGACGGCGGAGGCCAGCCGUGACGCCUCCAUCCCUUGCCAGCAGCCUCGCCCGUUUGGCGUGCCAGUGUCUGUGGAAAAGGACAUUCACCUCCCCUUCAACAACGCCUCCUACACCUUCGCCUCCAUGUACCAUCGGCAGGGCGCCGUACCGCCAGGCUUCCCCAACAGGGACUUUCCACCUUCUCUCUUGCAUCUCCACCACCAGUUCGCCCCACCCAAUAUGGACUGCUCCCCCAUAAGCAUGCUCAACCACAGUGGUGUUGGGGCCUUCAGGCCCUUCUCCUCCCCACAAGAGGACCGUGAUGGAGGCGGAGGGGGAUAUCAGUCCGCCUUCACCCCUGCCAAACGGCUAAAGGGUUGCCUGGAGGCCGAGGCCUCUCCGCACCUGCGCUACUCGGACGCGGAAGGGAAAGAGUACGACUUCGGCGGCGCUCAGAUUCCCUCCAGUUCGCCAAGUGCUCUCAAAGCAGUGGAAGACGCCGGGAAGAAGAUCUUCGCACUGUCUGGACUGCUGUCAGACCGGGAGACCUCGUCCAGCCCUGAAGAUCGUAUUGAGCGCUGUAAGAAGAAGGUGUCGCUCUAUGACAGUCAGGCUCCGAUAUGUCCCAUCUGUCAGGUGCUGUUGCGUCCUGGAGAACUCCAGGAACACAUGGAGCAGGAGAUGGAGCGGCUCAUCCACAUGCACAUCAGCAAGAACACGUCACACAAGGACAUCAAUGCAGCUCCGGGCACACCGAAGUCGCUCCUGUUGUCAGUGCACAUCAAACGCGAGGGCGAGUCUCCAGUCGUGUCCCCGCUUUCCUCUGAUGACGCUCACCAUUCUGACAGAUACCAGACAUUUUUACGAGUGCGGGCAAACAGGCAAACGCGAUUGAAUGUCGAUGACCUUUGCUGGUGCAGGCGCUCCGCCAAGGAAAGUUUCAAAAGCCCCCCAAACCCUGUGCCCAGAGGAGUGCCCCUAGCCCCUUGCUGCCUGCGGCAUGCCCGGAUUGGGAAGAUGAAGCGCCGGAAGCCUGAGGAUGGACAGGUAUGUCCACUGUGCAGCGCUCCGCUGACAGGGACAGAGGAGGAAAUGAGUAGGCAUGUGGAACAAUGUCUGUUCAAGAGGGAAGGUGCUACAGAAGAUGACUCGGCAGACAUGGAAGGAGAGAACGGAACGCGGUUUGAAGAGUACGAGUGGUGUGGACAGAAAAGGGUCAGAGCCACCACUUUACUGGAAGGAGGAUUCAGAGGAACAGGCUUCGCCAUGUGUAGCACAAAGGAGAGCCAUGACAGCGAUGCAGACCUGGAUGUGGAUGGAGAUGACACGCUGGAGUAUGGCAAAGCCCAGUACACUGAAGCAGACAUUAUUCCUUGUUCUGGAGAAGACCAGGGAGAAGCCAAAGAACGAGAGGCACUGCGCGGAGCUGUUUUGAACGGUGGUGUGCCAUCCAAUAGGAUAACACCUGAAUUCUCCAAAUGGGGCAGUGAUGAAAUGCCCUCGACCAGCAAUGGUGAAAGUAGCAAACAGGAGCCCAGCUCUUCCUGUUCGUCCUCCACACCUCGGACCUGUAAAAACAGCGAAAUCGAAAAGAUCACAGAGGACUCCACAGCGACCACGUUGGAAGCGCUAAAGGCCCGCAUCCGAGAGCUGGAGAAGCAGAUCCUCAGAGGAGACCGAUACAAGUGUCUCAUAUGCAUGCGGAAGCCGACCCAAACAGGGGCUGACGGCAAGAAUCAGGUGGCCGAGAGGCACGGGAGCGCAGAGGCUCUGCAGCUCGGCGUGUACUGUUUGUACAGAAGCUACGUAACGGGCUGCAGCACUGCCGCUGCGGCCAGCAGUGGGAUUAAGAGGCUGCUGCCGCUCCGGAGGGACUCGUAUACGAUGCCUCUCACCUCUAUCCAGUGUUGGCACGUUCACUGUGAAGAAUGCUGGCUUAGGACCCUGGGAAACAAGAAACUUUGCCCACAAUGCAACACCAUCACGUCACCAGGGGACCUCAGGCGUGUGUAUUUGUGAAGAGAGUCUGGAUUAUUCUUCGCUUUUGUUUUUCGAAUUUCCAUUUCCAUUUGUUCUAGCGUAUUUUGGUUUCCUUCCGAGGGGGUGAAGAAUUGUCCAGCCUCGUAAACAUUAGAGGCAUAAACUUGGAUUGACUUUAAAGGGGACUAACUUCACAAGCAUAGGACUAUGAGGACUGUAUAUAGCUCUCCUCUUUAAAUGCCUGUGUUUAAAGCCCCCACUUCCCCUCAGGGGCAAGUGUUCUGUUGUGUUGAUCCAUCCUUUCCAAAGUCAACUGUGUUCCUUGGUGUUGUCGAUGAGGAAGCCCUUCUGUGCAAAUGAAGGAAAGAAAACUGCUCAUUCUGUCCCUCCACCCACACCACUGCUGCUCUACAUCGCCCCCUUUUUCUCCCUGUGUGUGAUGACUGCUUUACCAAGACCGCCCCAACUGGAACCGAAGACAUUAGAUCCCCCGGUGUCAGUCCGAUAGACCACCCUUUGGUCUUUUUUCUGCAUUGUGUUCUCUUUUCACCCCGAAUCAUUACUUCUUUUGUGGUGUUCUAGUGAUGUCAACCAAAUUCAAUGAAGCAGUGCAAGCACAUGUAUAAUAGUCUCUGUAUGUUUACAGUGUUGUGAGUAAAUGACAUAGAGAACAAAAACACACUUGUAUACACAUGAACACACACACACACAUACACUGACAUAAACACAGAAGUAUAUAUUGAUUAAAAAGUCCAGUUUUAGUUGGGGGUGGUUGGGGUCGAAAGGGGCGGGGUAUGUUACAAUCUUGUCGAGUAAAAAAAAGAAAACCCUCUGUAUUUUUAAACAGAUGUUGUUGUCUUGAAGUUGAAGUUGUAUUUCAUUGUACAGGAAGAAAUUUAAGUAAUAAUAAUAAUAAUAAUAAACUACUCAAACUAGGACUUAAAAGAUAUAGGUGUACAUUUUUCAUUGAAAUAUACAGUGAAAACUGUAGAUUCAACCCUCAAGGAAGGAAGUGUCUUUGGUUUUCUUUGCUUUCUUUUUCCUGACACAUGGGGGGUAGAUUUAAAUGGGCGUUUAAUCACCCUCAUUUGUAAACUGGACCACUUUUUAUACCCUAACAGUAAUAUCGCUACAGCCCAGCUUGCAGAAGGCUUUCGCCCUGAUACAAAAGAUUGAAUUUAUUGCUCAUUCAUUCCAGGAGCUUAUCAGUUUCUUUCAGCUAAAAAGGACUUUUAUAGAAAUGCCAAACAGUUCGGGUGGUCUCAUUGACAAGUGAUGAUCAGAUUUCCUCUCUAGGAUAAUCGUGAUGAUUUUCAUUUUUCAUCUAAGAAUGAAUUAACCGAAGAAGUCAAGAAUCUCAUUUCCCUGGCUGACAGCUCCCGUUUCCCCCGGGAUGAGACCAUGUGCUUAAUAUUUGUACAUCUGUGUAUUCUGUGAUUUCUGUAUUGAUGUAAGCGCAAAAAAGGAAGACAUGAAAGGUCAUUGCUGAUCACAACACCACAAUAAACAGUCAAAUGUUGCUUUUGUUAUAAAUUAUUUCGCUGUUUUUCAAAUCCUCAUCCUCACAGGCUGGGUGAUAAGAUCAGGAAGAGAUUUACUUUAAUAUUACGUUUUUGACAAACAAAAAACAAAUGAACCUUUAUCCUCAAGUUUGACACAAUGUUGGAGAUGUGUUGCUCCUCUAAACAGGUUUUUCUGUAACUUGUAAAAUACAGCUAGUUAAUAAGAGUUGA